CCGGAGAGGCAAAUCCUCCUCUUUCUUCCCAUUCUGCAUUCCCUCCUGCUCUGUCUCUCUAUCCUCCCUUUCUCUCUCUAGAAACUCGUCGCCGAAGAUGGUGAUCUCGGCGGAGAAGGAAGAGGCGCGGCGGCAGAACAUGAAUGGCUUGGUGGAGAAGCGCACGACUUUUUCACCGUCGAGGAGAUCGAAGCCGCAAUCACGCCUCCACAACUUUUCCUUCCCGACCCUAAGUUGGGGAAACCAGAAACUGCUCCGGUGCGUCAACCCAUCGGGCAGAUCGAUUGAUGAGGAGCUGCAGACCGGGAGGCGUUGCUCCUCCCCUUCUUCCCUUAAUGAGCUCCAGGCGCCUCCGCCACCGCCACCGCAGCCUCGUUUGACUGGUAAGAAGCAGGGUCUAGAGGAGGAGGCGAAGGAGUCUAAUCCUUUGGGGCUAUCGGCUUCAACACGGUGGAAUCUGAGGAGCAAGAGAGCAGCCAGAAAUGCUCCGACUGAGAUCUUCUGGAAUCGGAACACGUCGCCUUCGUCCUCGCAGUCUCAAUCAUUCUCUUAUUCUCCUCUUCAGAAGGAAAAAACAAGUAGUCCGAUGUUUCUUGUAACGAGAUUGGAAGGAUUCGAUAUGACAGAGAAGGGGGAGAGGCCGAAAUUCUCGAUCGCGCUCUCUAGGGAGGAGAUCGAGGAGGAUUUCCUCGCGGCAAAGGGGACAAAGCCCCCUCGUCGGCCAAAAAAGAGGGCCAAGUACUUGCAGAGGCAACUUGAUGCACUUUUUCCUGGGGCAUUUUUAUCGGAAGUGACAUCAGAUUUGUACAAAAUUGAGGAGAUUGCAAGUUGAUCGUGGUGGCGUUGUUCGGUUGAAGAACGACCGAAGAUUCUUACAUGCCAACUAUCCGUAUGAAUUACGUUGAAUUUGUUAGCUUGUUGUAAGACGCCAAUGGAUGUAAUUGCUGUUAUUUAAUGGAAAAAAAUUCAAAAAGAUUAGUUUUCUUCUUCAUCAGACUGCAUUGAGGAGAAGAUUGAUUCCCAUGGCAUCCAUGAAUUGUGCCGCUAGAAAGAAAUCUGUCAAGUUAAGUAUGUUUCUAAGGCAUUCUUUUU